CUUCUCAGGGCGGGCGCGGGUGGCGAGUGCACGGCGGCAGGUCCGCUCCGGGCGCUGCCGGGGGUCGCGCGGCCGCGCCCCCGCUCCGCGAGCGUGUGAGGGAGCGAAGGAGGAGGAGGAAAAGCGAGAGGGGGAAAGCGACCGGGAGGGCGGGGUGUGCAGGCAGCUCCCGCGGCUGGGCGUGUGCCCGGCCCCCGGUGCUGCGUGACCGCGCGGGAGGAGCAGGAGGAGGAGUGUGGGUGCGGGGAAUUUCCUUGUGUGGCGGCUGAGGAACAACACCGCUCCAGACAGCGGGGCUGCGAGGAGGGCGCUGCCGCCGCCGCCGGUUGCCGAGCGAUGUGAGGGGGAGCCCCCCCUACGCCCUCCCCUCCCUGCCCCUGGAGCCGCCUGCUUUCCCCCUCCCUCCCCUCGCUCAUCCCCGCCCCGCCAUGCCGGACCAGAUCUCCGUGUCGGAAUUCGUGUCCGAGACCAAUGAGGAUUACAAGUCACCCACCGCCUCCAACUUCACCACCCGGAUGGCCCAGUGCAGGAACACGGUGGCGGCCAUCGAGGAGGCUCUGGAUGUUGACCGAACUGUUCUCUACAAAAUGAAGAAAUCUGUCAAAGCCAUAAACUUAUCUGGUCUGGCUCAUGUGGAAAAUGAAGAACAGUAUACACAAGCACUGGAGAAGUUUGGUGGCAACUGUGUUUGCAGGGAUGACCCAGAUUUGGGAACAGCGUUUUUAAAAUUUUCUGUGUUUACAAAGGAAUUAACUGCACUCUUCAAAAAUUUGAUUCAGAAUAUGAACAACAUAAUCACUUUUCCAUUGGACAGUUUGCUGAAGGGAGACCUGAAAGGAGUGAAAGGGGACCUGAAAAAACCCUUUGAUAAAGCUUGGAAGGACUAUGAAACAAAAGUUACAAAAAUAGAGAAGGAGAAAAAAGAGCAUGCUAAGCUUCAUGGGAUGAUUCGUACAGAAAUAAGUGGAGCUGAAAUUGCAGAAGAGAUGGAGAAAGAAAGAAGAUUCUUCCAGUUACAGAUGUGUGAGUACCUGCUGAAAGUCAAUGAAAUCAAGAUUAAAAAAGGAGUGGACUUGCUUCAGAACUUGAUCAAGUAUUUUCAUGCUCAGUGCAAUUUCUUUCAGGAUGGGUUAAAAGCAGUUGAAAGUCUCAAACCUUCAAUUGAGACGCUCUCGACAGAUCUUUAUACAAUUAAACAAGCACAAGAUGAGGAACGAAGACAAUUAACACAGCUCAGAGAUAUUUUAAAAUCAGCACUCCAAGUUGAUCAGAAAGAGUCUAGGAGAGAUUCUCAGAUUCGUCAGAGUACAGCUUACAGUUUACAUCAGCCUCAGGGAAACAAGGAGCAUGGCACUGAGCGGAGUGGCAGUCUGUACAAGAAAAGUGAUGGAAUCAGAAAAGUGUGGCAGAAAAGGAAGUGCUCAGUUAAAAAUGGUUUUCUUACAAUUUCCCAUGGUACAGCUAACCGACCUCCAGCAAAGCUCAAUCUGUUAACCUGCCAAGUGAAAACAAACCCAGAGGAGAAAAAGUGUUUUGACCUCAUAUCACAUGACAGAACAUACCACUUUCAAGCAGAGGAUGAACAGGAAUGUCAAAUAUGGACAUCUGUGCUACAAAACAGCAAAGAGGAAGCUUUAAAUAAUGCAUUCAAAGGCGAUGAUAACACAGGAGAAAAUAAUAUUGUCCAGGAACUGACAAAAGAAAUUAUAUCUGAAGUCCAGAGGAUGACUGGAAAUGAUGUUUGUUGUGACUGUGGAGCACAAGAUCCUACCUGGCUUUCAACAAAUUUGGGAAUUUUAACUUGCAUUGAAUGCUCAGGAAUCCAUAGAGAACUUGGUGUUCACUAUUCCAGAAUGCAGUCACUUACAUUAGAUGUGCUGGGAACAUCUGAACUUCUGCUUGCAAAGAAUAUUGGGAAUGCUGGAUUUAAUGAGAUUAUGGAAUUCUGUCUUCCAGUUGAUGAGAUGGUCAAACCUAAUCCAAGCAGUGAUAUGAAUGCAAGAAAAGAUUACAUUACUGCCAAGUAUAUUGAGAGAAAAUAUGCAAGGAAGAAGCAUGCAGACAAUGCAGCUAAAUUGCACGCUCUUUGUGAAGCAGUGAAAUCAAGGGACAUUCUUGGAUUAGUCCAAGUGUAUGCUGAUGGUGUGGAUCUCACAGAAAAAAUUCCCCUGGCCAAUGGCCAUGAGCAAGAUGAAACAGCACUGCACCUUGCUGUUAGAUCAGUUGAUCGAACAUCCCUUCAUAUAGUUGACUUUUUAGUGCAGAACAGUGGCAAUCUAGAUAAGCAAACCUGUAAAGGUAGCACAGCCCUGCAUUAUUGCUGUCUAACAGACAACGUUGAGUGCCUCAAACUGCUGCUGAGAGGGAAGGCUUCUAUUGAAAUAGCAAAUGAAGCAGGAGAGACACCACUUGAUAUAGCUAAACGUUUAAAACAUACUCACUGUGAAGAGUUGCUUACUCAAGCACUGUCUGGAAGAUUUAAUUCUCAUGUUCAUGUAGAAUAUGAAUGGCGGUUACUUCAUGAAGAUCUGGAUGAAAGUGAUGAUGAUGUGGAUGAAAAGCUACAGCAACCCAGUCCCAACCGAAGAGAGGACAGGCCUGUCAGCUUCUACCAGCUUGGAUCAAACCAACUUCAGCCUAAUGUAGCAUCCUUGGCAAGAGAUGCAGCAAACAUUGCUAAGGACAAGCAAAGAGGAUUUAUGCCAAGUAUAUUACAGAAUGAAACAUAUGGAGCAAUACUCAGUGGCAGUCCACCUCCCAUUCAGCCUGCAGUACCUGUUACAAGUAGUGCACCUCCUCUACCUCCAAGGAAUAUUGGCAAAGUUCAGCCUUCAGUUCUUGGCAGUGGUAUUCAGACAAUUUCUUCAUCUAAUGCAAUGUGGAAGACAAAUUCUUUAGGAGUGGAAAGUAUAAGCAGGCAAAGGUCUUCAUCAGAUCCACCAGCUAUUCAUCCCCCUGUGCCGCCAUUGCGUGUAACAUCUACAAAUGUACUUUCUCCAGCACCACCACCUCCAGUGGCAAAGACAGCCAGCAUUAUCGAAGCUCUGAACCAGCAAUCAAAACAGCAGCCAGCUCCUCCACAAAACAAGCCAACCCCACCACCACUGCCCCCACAACCUCCUAGCAGAAUCUCUCAGAGAAAGCCUAUUCCUGGGACUGAGAAGUCAUCUGGCUUAACUAACAAAGGGCAGACCAGAGGACUUGGGUCUCUACAACAACCUGCAGGAGAGUCAUCUUCUGUAUGUGACAUUCCAGGAACACAGACUGGUUCUACAGCAAAUACUUUGGCACAAAUCCAGCCACCAGCACCAAUGCCAAGGAAAUCACAAAUAUCAAAAACUAAACCCAAGAGAGUAAAAGCAAUUUACAACUGUGUAGCAGAUAACCCAGAUGAGCUGACUUUUGCAGAGGGAGAUAUUAUUGUAGUUGAUGGUGAAGAAGAUCAGGAGUGGUGGAUUGGUCAUAUUGAUGGAGAUCCCAGUCGGAAAGGAGCUUUCCCUGUAUCAUUUGUGCACUUUAUUGUUGACUAGAUUGCUACUGAUAAGUGGAGACAUUUCUCAUUUCCAGCAGUCACAGAAAUAAGUUUUGUUCUGUUUCAUUUCACCUACCUAUCCGCAGCCGCCUUGUCAGAGCACUGCCCAAGUCCUAGGUACUGUAGCUUACUUUUUUAUUGCCAUUGUUCUGGUUUGGGGACUUUUUAACUUUUUUCUACGUGAAAACUUCUCAUAAGCAGUUUACACUUU